CCUGGAGGCAGAGCGAAAACUGGACCAUUACAUCAUUGCUAUGGGAUAGAACGAUGCCCCGCCCCCACGUUCCAUUGGCGGAGCGACCUGGCCUCACAUUCCCAUUGGUUAAUGACAGAGUAACGGGAAGCAGGGAGGGGGCGUGGCCUCGGCGAGUAAGGGCGCUUCAAAUACCCUGUAAAAGAUGCAUAAGGGAGCGAUGCUGAUGCUGGUGAUGCGAGAAUCAUUUCUCACCGGAGGCAAGCUUUCGAACGGACCGAGAGGGCGAUGAUGGACCUCAUAUUUAGGAUAAAAUAAGCAAACGCAAAAUCGAAUCAACUGCCUAGAGCAGAAGCGAACAUUUACUCAAAUUGCAACAUAAUAGUAGAGAAAUAGGUGAGAGUGAGACCCUGGAUCGGAUCCAUCCUACAAUCGCUGGAGGGCUGGAUGAGAAAAUUCCUGUCUUCCAUUUCGUAGAAAUCUUCCCUCCAACUGUCAGCUACCUACUGGGCGCAGCACUCUAGAGAUCCUCAAUAUGGAGAGAACUGCCAUUUCCACUUCACUGCUCGCAGUCUGUUUCGUUUUGGCUGUGUGUCGCUGUUCCCUUGCAGCUCCCUUCUGCCCUGCCCAGUGUGUCUGCGAGACCCGCCCAUGGUACACGCCUCAGUCAGUCUACCACCAAGCCAAGACUGUUGACUGCAACGAGCUCCAUUUGAGCAAAAUACCAUGGAAUAUUUCAGUCGAUACUCAGGUGCUGCUUCUUCAGAGCAACAAUAUCUCCAGGGUAACCUCAGAACUCCAGAGCUUGGUAAACCUCACGGAACUGGAUCUCUCCCAGAACCACUUCACACAAAUCCUAGACGUUGGCUUGAGUAACCUAAGCCAACUGGUUACACUUUACCUUGAGGAAAACCAAAUUAAAGAGCUGCCUGAUAUGUGUCUAAAGGACCUCGUCAACUUAGAGGAGCUUUAUAUUAAUCAUAAUAAGAUAUCUUCUAUUGGUCCUAAUGCGUUUUCAGGCUUGGGGAACCUGUUGAGGCUUCACCUUAACUCCAAUAAGCUUGUGGCGAUAGACAGCCACUGGUUUGAAUCCCUACCCAACCUUGAGAUCCUAAUGAUAGGGGAAAAUCCCAUUCUUGGACUGCAAGAUAUGAACUUCCACCCCCUCUCUAAAUUGCACAGCUUGGUUCUCGCGGGAAUGGGGCUCAGGGAAAUACCCGAGGGUGCUUUCCAGGGAUUGGACUAUAUCGAGAGUCUCUCAUUCUUCGAUAACAAGCUCACGGCCGUGCCAAAGAAAGCCCUGCGCGUUCUGCCGAGCCUCAAGUUUCUCGACCUUAACAAGAACCCCAUUGUCCGUAUACAGGAAGGUGACUUCCGAGACUUUCCCCACUUAGAGGAGCUCAGUCUGAACAACAUGGAGGAGCUUGUGGCGGUUGAGAGGGGUGCGUUCUCUAACUUACCACAAAUGGCCAAAUUGGAGCUCUACAACAACCCUCACCUGUUUUUCAUAGACCGAGCCGCUUUCCUGAAAAUGCGUGGCUUGCGCACCUUACUGAUCCACAGUAACGACCUCAUGCUUUUGCCCCAUGAGAUUUUUUCCGCUUUCCCCAGUCUGGAUGAAAUCAGUCUUCAUGGCAACCCACUCAGGUGCGAUUGUCUCGCCAACUGGUGGCCCAUCCUGGGCAACCAAUCAAGCCUCAAAGUUCUGGAGCCCCAAAUAACUCUUUGUGCCUCCCCGCCACAUCUUGUUGGCCAACCCCUUCAAGAAGUGGUGUCUGCAAGUUGGAAUGGGGCAAGCAAUACAUGCCUGCCUCUAAUUUCUCAGCAAGCCUUCCCUCCGCUGCUCAACGUCACCUUAGGACAGCUUCUAACACUCAACUGCUGGGCCGUGGCAGAUCCAGCACCUCAGUUUUACUGGGUGACACCCACCGGAGACAAAGUCACUUCUGAAGCUGUUUCACCGUCCUCGAAUGAGGGAGGAGGAAUACCAAAGAAGCAUCGGAUGCAAGAACAAGGUGCUCUAGAGAUCCCACAUGUUGAGCCCGAGGAUGCUGGUCUCUACACAUGUGUUGCUUGGAAUGCAGAGGGAGCCGACACCCGGAGCGUCUCUGUGUACGUGGAUAGGCGCAACUGGCAUGGUGGGCGCCCUAUUGGAGGUCAUCAAGGAGUGCUGAACACUACGGGAUCCUUGGUAAUCCUGGCAAAAAUUGUCCAUGCCCAGUCUGUGGUGCUCGAAUGGAAGGUGCAUCCAUCCGCCGCCUCUUCAAACCAUGAGGUGUCACAACCCAAGUGGCUCAGCGCUACGGUAAAAAUCGACAACCCGCAGAUCAGCUACACGGCGAUGGUCCCUGUAGAUGUCCAAGAGUACAACCUCACACACCUCCUGCCUUCCACGGAGUACCAAGUUUGCUUAACCAUGGCUGGUACCGAGCAGACCCAGCACUCUUGCAUCAACGUGACCACCAAAGAAGCCAGCUUUGCUGUUGAGAUGGUUGCCCAACCAACCAACGUAGCCCUGGCGGCGGUCAUGGGCUCAAUGUUCGCCAUCUGCAUAAUGGCUCUGUUGGUGUUCUACAUGGGACGCCGCAUGAAGCAGAAAUCUUGUCACCACUCUCUCAAGAAAUACAUGCAGCACACCACUUCCAUUCCUCUGAACGAACUCUACCCACCACUUAUUAACCUCUGGGAGAAUGAGACGGAAAAAGAAAAAGAGGGCACCGCUGACCCUCAGAACUCACAAAUAGACACUUCAAAAACGUACAUGUGGUAGCUGCACAGCAGAAAGUAUAUAGAAGAGACAUUUUAAACAGUAUAUGUACUGUCUUGUACAUAAACGACAAGUAUGUAUUAUUGAUUUGUCAUUGUGAAAGAUAUAUGUAUUUUUAGAUUGUACCCUUCAAUGCCAAGCACACUUGGUUGCAGUUGUGAUUUGUUAGACCAGGGGUCACCAAACUUGAUCCUGGAGGGCCUGUGUCCUGCAGAGUUUAGCUCCAACUUGCCUCAACACCUCCCUGGAAGUUUCAAGUAUACCUAGUAAGACAUCGAUUAGCUGCUUCAGGUGUGUUUUAUUAGGGUUGGAGCUAAACUCUGCAGGACACCAGCCCUCCAGGACCGUGUCUGGUGACCCCUGUGUUAGACAGCCAACAGACGUGGGCAGCAAAACACACUCUAUGCUUUUGCAUUGCAUUGUAUUUUCUGAGACUAAUUCAACGUUAAGCAUGCCAAUGUGUUAAUAAUUCAUAUAAUUUAUUCAUUCUAUAUCAGCACUAAGCUAGCUAAUACACUAACACAGAUCAACACUAUUUAUAUCGCCUCACACAUAUCAAAUGCAGUCACAUGACAUCCAAUUCUGGAGUUUUUGCAUGGAAUUUUUGCAUGAUAUUUUGGUGCUAACAGAGAGUUUUUUCCUAGUUUUCUCACUUCUAAAAAUACACAGGCGUGAGAAGGUGACGUACGCGUGCUCGUUGCUCUCAUUUGUCUUCAGCUCGUCACAUUUUAUCACCUGCAUUGUAAUGAAUAUAAAACCUAAACCAAACCUGCCAGGUGCUAUGAAGUUGCUGUUACUGCAAACUAAUUAGCUGUCAUAUGUAAUUAAUAUCUGGAACACAACUGCGCAGCUGUGCUUAUUUAUUCUUGCAUUGUUAAAUAACUAUUUAUUGAGGAGUGUGUGAAAAUGGAUGUGUUUAUUAGCACUGACUGAAAUGUAUUUCAUAUUUGAUAGAAAAAGAAAUCAUUAGACUAUAACGAUCAUGUGGUUCAAAUGCUUGACAUUUACUUGCAGACAUUCACCAUUGCUAACAAUGAUGGGGCCGUUCUAUGCUUUGCACCUCAUCAUGCGCUUGGCGUUUUUAUUACCGAGAGAUUGCUUCAGUUCUCAGUUAAACAUGUUGCCAAACUCAAUAUUCGCACAAUUCAGUCUCAGUGUGGUAAAUUAGGGAACAAAUGUGUGGAGAAUGAGAAUUGAAUCGAAUAAGAAUAAAAAACAAAUCAAUGUUGUUUUUCUCCUCACAUAGAUUAAUUAACCUUUAAAAUACAUAUGCCACCCUGAAAACAAUAUUUAAUUCAUUUUUAAGGUUUUGACAUGUUUAAACCUGUGAGAUUUGUGCAUAAUCCUGCAUCAUAUUGAUUGAUACAACUGUUAUGCAAAACACAUGCUCAUGUAUUGUUGUUCUGUUGUGUAGGCUAGGCCUAUCAGCAAAUGACAUCUAUCCAGAUAUUGAUGAAUAUAACCAAAUUAAAUGAUAUAUUAAGUGUUCAAGGGUUUACCUUUACAGGUGCACUCAGUCAUUUUUAAAAACGUUGCAACCCUAAAGAAACAGUUAUUAUUUUUGAAAAACCUUAACAUUAAAUAGACUCCCAUUUAUAUUGGUAGCUUAAUAAAAAGUUGUUGUUGUUGUUGUUUUCAAAUGGACAUCACAUGACCAGAUGUAAUCACCAGAUAAAAUACUAGUUCCUUUAUUGCGAAUCUGUACUUGUUUUCUGAUACUGUCGCUCAUAGGAUUAAUUUAUUGUUGACGACUGUGACUAGUGCAUUUCUCACAAUCUGAAUACUUUAGCUUGAUGCUGCAUUCACAUUGCUAAAUAUCCAUAAGUCCAAUAAGACCGUCAAUGCAACAUAAACAAAGGAAAAAGAUUACUGGGUGCACUUUUGUUAUGUAUUAUUUGAACCAAAGAUGAGACACAUAUUCAAGAGUUCUCUCAUCACUGUCAUCAGUCAAUGAGAUAUAUUUGAUAUAUAUAUGAGGUAUAUUUAGCUCUGAAGGACAGUGAGGGAAAAUAUCUAUUAUAUAUUUUACCACCUCUUGAUUUUCUUUACUUUUCUGCUCAGUUUUUGAGCUAUUUAUUGUAAGCGUUGUGUAUUUUUUUGGUAUUUUAUGAUGGAUUUUAUUUUAGUUUCUAAUUGAAGGGGUUAGAAAAUGCACUCAAGUUCAUACAGAUAACAUCUAGAAUUGACAUGUGAGCAGUCAGUUUUAAUGUGAAAUGUUGUUCGUACUCACGUCACAUGUUUUUAAGAUGUUCUUUCAUCACUGACUGUAAAUCACAUUGUGUGUUAUUACUGGCAGAGAAAAUGUCACCUUAGAUUAAGCAUUAAAUGUAUCACUACAGCUCUGCCCUCUAGUGGUGGAGGACACUAAUGACGUCUUACACGAUUUACUUGUAUCUCAGUGAAUAGCAGGGUAUUUUGUAAUAGAGGAAUAUUAUUGUUAUAUUUCAAUUAAGUCAACAAUAAUGGUUUUACACUGUUAAGACGUGUUGUGACGUCCGUGCGCAGUAGUUCAGGAGAAAUGACUGUCUGAAGAAACAUUUGAGAGAAAUAAACACAAUAUCACCACAA